CCUAAAAACAAUAGAUAAAUUGAUCCACUAUAUCUGAACACCUGCGUUAUCUUUAUGAUAAAUAUAAUCAUUACUAAUAUCGCGACUCAGUUUUACGCUGAAAACGGUUCGGUACGGUAAUGAGAGAGUGACUUUGUGUGUUUGAGCUUGGACUCUUCAUUAUGUCGAAACAAAUUCCCGGACCGAGUGCACAUAUUAGUGUAGACAUGGUGCGUGUACCCAAUCGCAAUUUUGGGUACCAAACUAAUAGUCAACAUAUGAACCACGUUGCCAAUGCUCCAAAAAGUGACUUUGCGUACAUCAAUGCAGCUUAUGUAGGGAGCACUAAUAGUGUAAAUGAAAAUAGACUACAACAACCGCCUGUAACUGUGAUACGUGAACAAUACUGGGCGUGCUCAAAAUGGCCAUUCAUGACCAGGAUCUUGGUCAUCGCGGUGGGACUCCUGCUGGGCGCUGUCAUCGGCCUCUCCAUCAUCAUCGCGAUGGAUAGAGAAGACCACCAAAACACCAACAUCUUCAGAACACAGCCGGCGCCUGAUUAAGGCAGAACCUGUAUGAUAUCGUGGUGUGAUAACCUUUGAUGACAAAUGUUUUGUGGACUUAUUGCCACGUGUUAGCUGUAAUUUUUUUGAAUAUGUUUUACUUUUAAUAUAUGUUCUAUUAAGUGUAAUGCUUUCUCUCUGUAGUAUCGUAAGAUAGACGUAAGGUUAGGAUUAUGUUGUAUUGACUAGAAUAAUAAUUAUUAUGAUCUAUAAAUUAUCGCAUUGGCGCACCGUAGUGGGUCUAUUACAGAAAAUAGUAACAAUACUAAUUAAGAAUAAAUGUCAUUUAUUUAUCGUUUCUUAUUUUAUUUCUUAGUUUUAAUUAUCUUAUAUUUUUUUUGCGAAUUUGGCUUGGUUGAAAAUACCUGUCUUGAUUUACUUAUCAAUGAAUUACUAAGAAAAUUCAAUAACUUCUAAGAUCUUAAUUUCUCCUUCUUCUUCCUUCGGCGCUGUAACCCUUUGUGGGUUUUGCCUCCACAACCACUUUUCGUGUUUGUUCUUAUUAUUUAUUUUUGUUUUUUCUUUGUAGGGUUCGUGGUCAAUUUAUUGGAAUUCGCAACCAUAUAAUAAUUUCUUAUUCCAUGUUGAGUGGUUAGUUCAAUAUGGAUUUAGAAAUUAUUUUAAUUUACAGUUAAUAAAGCAGGUUUGCAACAGGCUUUACUCUCUAAACUAAUGAAACCAAAGUAACAAAAGGCACGUUAAAUAAGAGUGUCCAAUAUUAGUUAUAUAACACUUGAACAUUGUACGCUUCAUGGAAACAAUAAAAAUGGUUAUUCCAGAAAUCGCAAAUGAUUAUCGACUCAGAUAACAAUGCAUUGUACAAACAUCGAUAACACUAAUCCGCCAACUAAAUUAGAUUGUCGUGUUUGCA